CCCUUUUAUAAAAAGUUACUAACUCCUCCAACUCAUCAUUUAAUCAUCACCAAAUUAAUCCUAAAGCCAAAAAAACUAAAGAAGCACACUAUGGCAAUUCCAAAACCACACUACUCAUUAGCCAUCCUUGUCCUUGUUUUCGCGGUUUCGAGUACAACCAGCCACCGUGAAUGUAACCCGGUCUGCAAGGCUAAAGAACCUUUCAAUUGCGACAAUAUACUUACAUUCAAUCGAACUGGGUUCCCAAAGAAUUUUACUUUCGGUGCUUCUACUUCUGCAUAUCAAAUUGAAGGUGCUACACAUAGAGCUUUGAACGGCUGGGACUAUUUCACUCACAGAUAUCCAGAAAAAAUUUCGGACCGCAGCUCGGGCGACAUUGCUUGCGAUUCAUAUAAUCUUUAUAAGGAAGAUGUCAAAAUGCUGAAAAGAGUGAACGUACAAGCAUACCGAUUCUCAAUAGCAUGGUCAAGGGUCUUACCAAAGGGAAGAUUGAUCGGAGGAGUGGACGAGAAUGGGAUAACAUACUACAAUAAUCUCAUCAACGAACUAAAAGCAAAUGGAAUAGAACCAUAUGUGACCAUAUUACACUAUGAUGUUCCCCAAACUUUAGAAGACGAGUACGGAGGUUUCUUAAGUCCUCGUAUAGUGGAGGAUUAUAAGAACUACGCAGAGCUUAUGUUCCAAAGAUUUGGAGAUAGAGUAAAGUUUUGGAUAACUCUAAACCAGCCUAAUUAUUUUGCAUCGAAUGGGUAUGGAGAUGGGUCAUCUCCUCCUGGAAGAUGCACUGGCUGUGAAGUUGGAGGAGAUUCUGGCACUGAACCUUACUUAGUCGCCCAUCACCAACUCUUAGCUCAUGCAGAAGCUGUAUCUCUAUACCGUAAGAGAUAUCAGUUUCAAGGUGGUAAGAUAGGGACAACUUUGAUCGGUAUAUGGUUCACUCCACUAAACGAAACUAGCAGUCUUGACAAAGCUGCUGCACAACGGGCAUUCGAUUUUAUCGUUGGAUGGUUCUUGGAUCCACUGGUCUACGGAGAUUACCCCAAGAUAAUGAAAGAGAUGAUAGGAGAUAGGUUGCCAAGAUUUACACCUCAAGAAUCAGAGUUAGUUAAAGGAUCACUUGACUUUCUAGGAUUGAAUUAUUAUUUUGCACAGUAUGCAACAGAUGCAACUACUUCUUCUCCAUUAUAUCCCAGUAUCUCAACCGAUCCAAGAGUUACUCUCAGUUAUUAUCGGAACGGAAUUCCUAUCGGUGUUGAGGCUGCUAGCUUUGUCUACUAUCCUCCAGGUUUUCGUAAUAUUCUAAAUUACAUCAAAGAGGCCUACAAGAAUCCACUUAUCUAUAUCACUGAAAAUGGAGUUGCUGAUUAUGGAAAUUUGACGAUUGCAAAUGCUCUUGCUGAUAGUGGAAGAAUUCAGUGCCACUGCAGCCAUCUUUCGUGUCUCAAAUGUUCAAUCGAGGAUGGGUGCAACGUAGGAGGAUAUUUUGCUUGGUCUUUGAUGGACAAUUAUGAAUUUGGGAAAGGUUAUACUCUUCGGUUCGGUAUGAAUUGGGUCAACUUCACCAAUCCCAUUGAUAGAAAGGAGAAAGACUCCGGAAAAUGGUUCUCUAAGUUCAUUGCUAAUUAAAGGUUCUCUAAUUAUAGAUCAUAUAAAUUGGUUCUCUGUGUCCA